AUGUCAGACAUCUUUAAUAAUUAUUGUAUAAACUGUGAUAAGUUAUGUACUCAAAAUUCAGUUUAUUGUUCAGAAGAAUGUAAAUCAAUAGAAUAUCAACAAUCACUGACUCCAAUUUCUUGCAACAGUCCGACUUAUUCAAAUACCACCAAUAACAAUCAGGAAUUGGUUUCUCCAUUAUUAACUCCAGCCCUUUAUCAUCAUCAAUAUUUACAUUCAGAAUUAUGUCAAUCUCCAUUAAUUCUUAGUACUAAUACAGGAAUAAUACAAGAAGAAGAAAGUACACGAGAAUUGGAUUAUUUUGAUUUGAAUUAUAGUGUUAAUUCAAAUGUUAAUUAUUCUAAUGCUACUGAUUUAGUUAAUUCAACUUCCCAUAAUUAUCGUAAAUGGUUAACUGCGUUGUAG